AUGCUCUUUUAUCUGGCGUCUCUUCUACUACAUGCCUGUGGUAUCGCUGCAAAUACUGAAAAGACUAUAUUUCUCGGUCCCAGAAGUCUCCAGGUUCCCGUCGAGCAUCCGACUCUCGAAGACUUGCAACUUGAGUCUCUCUCGCCAAAUCACUGGUCCUUGAGAACGCACAUCCGAGCAGAGUUUCCAACCAACUCUUCUAGCUAUGGCCAAACAUCUUGGUACCUGCUGCAUAAUCUACACGAAGGUCGGAGAUAUGAAGUCAGGAUCUGCUGGGCCGCAACACAACCUACUUCGUUCCGACUUGACACCUUCGAAUUACCUACGGUCAUGGAAACUCCAGAAUUGAUAGCAUCACUUGCACAAUACUCCGAGACACGGCAACGUGAGGUCAAUGAAGGCCAAGAGAAGGAUAACAGGGCUGAUGGCCCAGUGUCGACACUCCUUCUGAGGAUUUUCGCCGCGGCCGACUACUUUACUACAAAUAAGACUCUGAUGGACAAUGUCCCGCCGGUAUAUGUGGAUAUCAUUCUCGAUCCCUUCGUAUUCAACGUCUUCCCGCGAUCAUUGCUCCCCACAGCAACAUAUCUAGUAUUAGUUGCAGUCGGGAGCUGGUACUUGGCGAAGUUUAUUAGUGGGUGGAUGGAGAAUAUUUCAAGAGCGACAUUUGAAAAGAAGAUCUCUUAA